UGGUGCAAAUGGGUCACGGGAACGUGUUUAGGAGAGUGAAAACACGUGGCUGGUUAUCUUCCACAAGCAAGAGCCUCCAGCACUUCAGGAGCUAUGUGUCCCUGAGCAAGAGGCUUGGAGAUCAGAGGCAUUUUUGCUUCAUGGAUCUCUAAGGCAUAGAUAGUAAUUAAAACUUAAAAUGUAGCAUUGACUCUCACGGGACCCAGUAAAACAGCUUAAAAACUAUGAGGCUAACUCAAAAGAACUGUGUGGAUCUGGAACUAGAUACUAACAUCCUCACUUGCCUGGAUACUCUAGACUGCAGUUGCCCAUCACAGCCUGCUGAUUUUACUCCUUGCUACUUACUGAUCUCCUGCUCCACUGGCCAAUUCAAAUAGGUUGUUUAGGCCACUGAUAAGGUCAUUGUAUUCUAAGUGGACAGGGGUAGGAAUUUCACAGGAGGAUAUAAAUAGCAUGGACUUUGUUGUUUUCAGGACAAUAUCUAAAUCAACCAUCUGUAAUCUCAUUCUGCCACAAAUGCUCUCUCCAGCUUUCUGUUAUGCACAAAACAUGCACCCUAAAAUGCCCCCUUGGGUGUACGUAGUAGUAACAAAAUAGUCUGAUGUGUUACAUGAAAAAAAGUCAUCCUUGCCUCUAUUCUUUUUGCUCCAACACCGGAUGUAAAACAUCCUGACACAAAGUCUACAUGGAACCCAACACAAACAUGGCUUCUAACAAAAAUCUUGUUGGCUUCCUCAAUCAAGCAUGUCUUUAUUAUCAAAGCAAAAACAGUUCUCUUUACGUUUUCUUUUCCAUAAGCUGUAACCUUGCCAGUUUCGUUUAGGUCAUGGGGUGUGUGAAAAACUGCCUAGUAAUCCUCCUAAAUAUAAAUACCUCGCUGAUCUGAGAACCCUUAGAACCUCGUGAAAUCUGGAAGAGACUCUUGGCCUGAAUCCAAGUACUACGGAGCCAUCUCCAAGCAACAUGAGUGAAGAACCUCAUAGAACUCUCAUCCACAACAGCCUGCUUGAGCUGAGCUGUCACUUUACUUGGAGGUUGGUAAUAGAAGAUGCGGACAUGCCUGAUUUGGAAAGGAGAAUCGUUGAUGAAGAUUUACCUGACCCCAACCACAGCAUAACGAUGCUCAACCUCCUGGCCUACGUGAGGCACCGGAAAGGCCAGCAUGAGGAAGCCCUGCAGAGCCUGAAAGAAGCAGAAGACUUGAUCCAGGAAGAGCCACUGGGCAAGAGAAGCCUGGUGACCUGGGGCAACUGUGCCUGGGUGCAUUACCACAUGGGCAGCUUGGCAGAAGCCCAGAGCUACCUGGACAAGGUGGAGAAUACUUGCAAGGAAUUUGCAAGUCCGUUCCGCUACAGAAUGGAGUGUGCCGAGAUGGACUCUGAGGAAGGCUGGGCCUUGCUAAAGUGUGGAAAACAGAAUUAUAGACGAGCCAUGGCCUGCUUUGCAAAAGCUCUGGAUGCUGAUUCUGAAAACCCCGAAUACAGCAUCGGCUAUGCUGUCGCCGCCUAUCGCCAGGAUUUCAAUGACAGUAGUAUUUCUCUGGAACCCCUGAAGAAGGCUGUCAGGUUAAAUCCAGCGGAUCCAUACAUUAAAGUUCUCCUUGCCCUAAAGCUGCACAACUUGGGAGAAUCAGAUGAAGCAGCAAGAUACGCUGAAGAAGCUCAGGCUAACAUAUCUUCCCAGACCUAUGUCUUGGGAUAUUUGGCCAAAUUUUACCGAUGGAAAGGUAUUGUGGAGAAAGCUCUUCACUUCCUUCAUUUAGCCCUGCAGGCAAAACCUUACUCAGCCUUCUUGAAUUACGAGACUGGACGUUGCUACAAGAGACAACUGAUCCAAAUAAAGGAAGCUACAAACAUGCAGCCUAGAGGUCAGGAUAGAAGAAUAGCAGACCAAUUGAUCCGUUUGGCUAUGGCUCACUUCAAAAAGACUUUAGAACUGAAACCCACAUAUGAGGCAGCUUACGUUCAUCUGGCUGAAAUGUACAUAGAAAAUGGCCAAUUAGAAGAGGCAGAUGAGAAUUUUCAGAAAGCAUUGAGCAUGAGGGGCAUUGAUGCUACCAUACAGCAGGACAUCCAUUUCCGCUAUGGUCGUUUCCAACUUUACAAUAUGAGAUCAGAAGAAACAGCAAUCACCCAUUACAUAAAGGGUUUGAAAAUAGAAGUAACUUCUUCCUACACCAAAGACAAGCUUCUCAAGGCUUUGCAGAACCUGGCUGAAAGACGCAUUCGCCGGAAUUUUCAUGUUGUGGAAGGCUUCGGCCUUCUUGGGUUUGUCUACAGACUCAGAGGGGACACAAGCGAGGCUCUGGAAUACUACGAGCAGGCCCUGAGACUCACGGACACAUUGAAUCCUGAGUUUUAAAGAACAGCUCACCAAGUAACUUAUUAAGCCUUCUCCAAGCUCAUUAUUCUCCUUUGUGUGUGUGUGUGUGUGUGUGUGUAGCUGUUGCCUUAAAUACGCAGAACCAGAUGAAGCAAGUUAAGAUGAUUUCUUUGUAUUCUGCCUUUCUGCAGGCCUGUUUUUGUUUGGUUUUGUUUAUUUAGUUGGUAGGGUUUGUUUUCUUCUUGGAGCCCUGUCUGUGAUAGGCGCUUCCAUCCUCCUAUCACACUUUGCUGCACUCCCUGACCAUAGUUGAUUCCUGCUCUUCUAAACACCUGUGAGCUGCUGGACCAACAAGAACCACUUUCGCUAUGAGUGUGCCUUUGGAGUCCAUGACCUACACCCUCAGCCUUCGAGUACCCUGAUCAAGAAGCCUUACCAAAGAAGGCUUAUUUUUCAUGCUUGAGGAAUCUUGGACAUUCAGCAAUAUGUGAGAGCAAAUUAAAUGAGCAAGGAUGAGCACUAAAAAGGGAGGAAUUCGGGAUUCCCCUAUAGUGACGAUCCAGUUCGUAGUUCUGUUCCUACAGGCCCCAUGAUAGCCAUAGCCUGCUGGUCAAUGAGCUCAAAUUUAUAAUCAACACAACCUUCUAUAUCAAAUUUAUAUCUCAGACAGUUGUGGUGUGUAGUGGAUUUUAAUUGUAUUUUAGUAAAUAAUGACUGCCUGAAGAUCUGAGAGUAAAGCAGUCCCACUGAUUAGCCUUUCAGACCAGAUUAUGGCAGCACACACCUUUGAUCUCAGUAGCCAUAAUGACACAGACCUUCAAUCCCAGUAGCCACACUAGUUGCCAUAGAAAGUGGGUGGUGCAUGCCAUUAAUCCCAGUGUGCCUUGCCUUUGACCUCAGCCCUAGAGAGGAAUAUAAGAAUCGACGACACAGCUCUAACGCAGUCUCCUUCUGAGAUUCCAGGAAGCAAAAAUCAUUAUUUCAAAUUGAGGUCGAGGUAAAAGCCAGCGACUGGCUGUUUUGCUUUUCAGGUCUUCAGGUUGAACCCCAAUUUCUGACCCUCAGCUUUCAUUUAAUCAUGCAUCAGUGGUAGAUGUAUGAGGUCUAAAUUCUAGGCAUUUGUGUACGGCUAAGGAAACUUUCAAAGUAUUUGGGGAUGACAGAGUAAAGGAGUACCUAUUUGGAAUAGGCAAACUAAAAUCGGCAUAAAUCGCUACAUGACACUGCUUAGAUUAUUGAGAGUUGUGUGAUAUUAUCUUUAUUUUAUAAACCUAUAAAAUUCAAUAAAAUCUGCUAAUAUCACAGAA